AGGAGGGGAGGCCAUUUCCUUUUAGAAGGGAGCUUGGAUUUUAGAGGGAAUUACUAUUUUCUUCUUAUUUGAAAAAGUGUUUGAUUUGUGGAAGUUCAGUAACCUGUUCUUAGAGGAUUCGUCUAGAUUCUUGACUGAUUUUCUGCUUGAAUAGGAAAACGGAUGUCUUUUCAUGGUGGGUGCUCAUCAGCACAACCUGUUGUUGACAAAUUUUUGGCUCUCUUGAGACGAUGCGUUUCAACCAAGACUCUUCAGCAAGUCCACUCCCAAAUGCUCGUAAACUCUCUAGAUAAGCACAAUUUUCUUCUCCCUAAGCUAGUUGAUGUCAAGGAUUUCAACUACGCCUCUCUGUUCUUCUCACACAUACCCAAACCCAAUGAAUACACUUACAAUAUCAUGAUCCGUGGCUUGACAACUACAUGGAAAAAAUACGAUAUUGCUCUAAAUUUAUAUUACAAGAUGAAAAUUUUGGGUUUGAAGCCGGAUAAUUUCACUUAUCCAUUUUUAUUUAUUUCAUGCGCAAAUCUUUUGGCUCUAGAUCAUGGCCGUUUAGCCCAUUCCAUGAUCUUAAGAUGCGGGUUAAACUUUGAUGACCAUACAAGUCAUUCGUUGAUCACGAUGUAUGCACAAUGUGGCGAUGUGGGUUAUGCACGUCAAGUGUUUGAUGAAAUUACUGAGAAAGAUUUGGUCUCAUGGAACUCGAUGAUAGCAGGAUACUCGAAGAUGGGUUUUGCUGGGGAUGCAGUAGAUUUGUUCCAAAAGAUGAAAGAUGAAGGCUUUCAUCCUAAUGAGAUGACUUUGGUGAGUGUUCUUGGAGCUUGUGGUGAUUUGGGAGAUUUGAAUAUGGGAAGGUCUCUUGAGUGUUUUGUUGAAGAAAACAAUAUUGCUGUGAACUCUUAUAUUGGUUCAGCUUUAAUUAGCAUGUUUUCGAAAAGUGGUGAUGUAUCAUCAGCAAAGAGAGUCUUUGAUGAAAUGAAGAAGAAGGAUGUGAUAACCUGGAAUGCCAUGAUCACCGGGUAUGCUCAAAAUGGUUUAUCAAACGAAGCAAUUCAACUAUUCAACAGCAUGAAAACUGCAGGACUUAAACCAAACAAAAUCACAUUAGUUGGAGUAUUAUCUGCCUGUGCCUCAAUAGGAUCCCUUGAACUUGGCAAAUACAUUUGUGCCUACGCUUCUGAAAAUGGAUUACUAAAUGAAGUAUACGUAGCCACCGCCUUAAUCGACAUGUACGCAAAGUGUGGUAGUGUGGACGAUGCAUUCGCCAUCUUCCAAACAAUGCCCGAGAAAAAUAAAGUCUCUUGGAAUGCUAUGAUCUCUGCACUUGCAUUUCACGGUCGAGCUGAAGAGUCUCUAAGUCUCUUUACACGUAUGGAGAAGGAGGGUCGUGUUAGUCCCGAUGAUAUCACCUUUGUGGCUGUUCUAUCCGCAUGUGUACAUGCUGGUUUGGUAAAUGAAGGCAAGCGUUUGUUUAACUUAAUGAGCACAUCGUUUGGGUUAGUCCCUAAAGUCGAGCAUUAUUCGUGUAUGGUUGAUCUUUUAGCUAGAUCGGGUCGGUUAAAUGAAGCUUGGGACUUAAUUGGAAAGAUGCCUGGGAAACCUGAUGAAGUUUUAUUAGGUGCUUUGCUUGGUGCUUGUCAGAAAUUUAAGAAUACAGAUGUGGGUGAGAAGGCUAUGAAACUAUUAUUAACUAUAGAGGCUUCUAAUUCUGGGAAUUAUAUAAUUUCGUCGAAAAUGUAUGCGAAUUUGAGAAGAUGGGAUGAUUCCGCUAAGAUGAGAGUUUUGAUGAAGGAACAAGGUGUUGCGAAGACUCCGGGUUGUAGCUGGAUUGAAGUAGAUGGUCGGCUUCACGAAUUUCAUGCUGGAAUUUGUUUCAACAGUUUAUAUUCUGAAGAGAUUUAUAAGGUAAUUGAAUUGUUAAUUGAUGAAAUGAAGAUUGAAGGUUAUAACCCCAAUGUUAGUUUGUUAUAGACUAUUGUAUCUUAAUAGUUCAACCUAUAUAUUUCAACCAACUUCCUUCAGCCUAUCUUUAUCUUUCACUACAGUUGUGCCUAAUUUAUGAUUUCAAUUUUUAUUUAUAUAUAUAUUUU